ACAGGCCUCUCAUAUAUGGUGUUUCUGAAUUGCUCAUCACUUAGAAAUAAGAAAGUGAAAUCAGUAGAAAGCAUGGAAGAAGAAGAAGAAGCAAUAACAAGGUCACUACUUCUCAAACAAAAGCUUGACAGUAAUCAUCAAUGGAGCAGUACUAGUGAUCAUGGUGGUGUGCAGCUAAGUGAAUCCUCAUCAACCACAACAUCUAUUGUUGUGCUUAGCACUUUAGUGGCCGUAUGUGGAUCAUUUACUUUUGGAAGUGCAGUGGGGUAUUCGUCACCAUCCGAGUCUGGAAUUGAGGAAGAACUUGGCCUUACUUUGGCGGAGUAUUCAUUUUUUGGUUCGAUAUUAACAAUUGGAGGAAUGUUAGGUGCAAUAUUUAGUGGGAAAAUUGCGGAUUUCAUUGGUAGGAAAGGUGCAAUGGGAGUUUCAGAAACGUUCUGCAUCCUCGGGUGGCUUGCAAUAGUAUUUUCAAAGGAUGUUUGGUGGCUUGACCUUGGAAGAUUUUUAGUGGGAUGUGGAAUUGGGGUUCUUUCCUAUGUGGUUCCUAUUUAUAUUUCUGAAAUUACACCCAAGAAUGUUAGGGGAGCAUUUACAUCACUUAGUGAGUUGAUGAUAGGUUGUGGCAAAGCGCUCACAUUUCUCAUUGGUUCACUUGUCAAUUGGCGCACCGUGGCUCUAAUAGCAAUCAUUCCUUGUUUAGUGCAUCUGCUUGGCCUACUUUUCAUUCCUGAGUCUCCUAGAUGGUUGGCCAAAUGUGGUCGCUUAAAAGAGUUUGAAGCUAUGCUGCAAAUCCUUAGGGGAGAGAAUGCUGAUAUUUCUCAAGAAGCAGCUGAUAUCAUUGAAUAUACCGAAAACCUUAGAGGGAUAUCUGUAGAUGGAGUUCUACACCUAUUCCAGGGGAAAUAUGCUUAUUCAGUCGUGGUUGCAGUUGGACUGAUGGCUUUCCAAGAAUUUGGAGGACUUAAUGGGUUUUCAUUUUAUACAAGUUCUAUAUUUGAGUUAGCAGGCUUUUCAAGUAAGAUUGGCAUUAUAGCAGCAGCAAUUGUUCAGAUUCUAAUGACAACUUUGGGAGUACUCUUGAUAGAUAAGUGUGGAAGACGGCCGCUUCUAAUGAUUUCUAUGGCCGGAACAUGCUUAGGUUGUGUCCUCACUGGAUUCUCAUUCUUCUUGCAGGAUCUUCAUAUCGGGAAGGAGAUCAUUCCCAUUUUGGUGCUUAUUGGUGUGUUGGUAUACUUGGGCUCUUUUGAGCUAGGCAUGGGAGGAAUACCAUGGAUUAUUAUGUCUGAGAUAUUUCCAAUAACCAUAAAGAGUUCAGCUGGAAGCCUUGUGACAUUGGUCAACUGGAUGAGUUCUGGGGUUGUAUCUUAUGCUUUCAACUAUGUACUUGAGUGGAGCUCAGCAGGGACAUUCUUCAUAUUUGCAGUCAUAUGUGGUAUGGGAAUUAUAUUUAUUUAUAAGCUGAUUCCAGAGACCAAGGGGCGUACACUUGAAGAAAUCCAAGCAUCUUUUACUCAUAUACAACAAUAAGAAAAAUUUUGUGAUAUGUGGCAUCCAUCAUCAAUGUAUAUAAUCACAAUUUGAUAAGUUUGAACUUUGAGAAUGCAAUCACACAAGGACAAUAGCCUUUAGGCCAACCA